AUGACUAUCUCGACGCAAAAACAGGAGUUUCAGAGGGAAAUAAAUUUGGUUUAUGAUCAAAUCCUGACAGAACUCACUAAGAGGUAUGAGGCAAUGGCUUCAAUAUCUUCAGAAUUUUAUUUUCUAACGGGAGAAGCUCUAAAAAAAGAACCAAUUGAUGUUCUUCUUACACAUGCUGCAGAUUUUGGGAUUAAAUAUUCGCAUGAUGUAGAUGUAGUUGAUCUGUCACAAGAAUUGGAAAUUUUUCGAAUGCAAGCUAAAGAACUCAUUAACGAUGUUGAAAAAGCAACACCACUUGACAUUCUCAAAAAGAUUCAAGAGCUUUCUUUAGAAGAUAUAUAUCCGAAUAUCCAAAUAGCUCUUAGAAUUUACUUAACACUUCCUGUUACGGUGGCCUCUUGUGAGCGAAGUUUCAGUAAAAUAAAGCUCAUCUAUAAUAAUUUCAGAUCAUCCAUGGGACAGGAACGUUUGUCAAAUUUAUCCAUUCUAUCGACUGAACAUGAAGAGGUAGCGAAACUUAACUUAGAGGAAUUAAUUGAUAAUUUGCGAAAAUCAAAGCCAGGAAAGUAG